UCUUUGGAUUCCAGUGAGAGGGACUUCUGGGUGGAAGAAGGUUUCCAGAGAAGAUUAUCUUUGCUCCUGCUACAGUUAUGGAGAGUAACCCUUACUUCAGCAGUCAACAAGUGCUUUGCAAAGAUGUUGAGCUGGGGAAAGAGAAGGAAAGAAAGGCCAGGUAUCGUGCUUACCAGUGUGCCGCCAUCAUCCUGAGUGUGGUAUUCCUGAUAUUGGCCCUCUGUAUCUUCAGUCUGAGAUAUAUAUGGAGUCCAAACCCUGGGAAGGUAUAUGAUCAUCAGUAUAAAGCCGUACUGGAUGGAAUGGAGACUGAGAGCAUGAUGGAAAUCUAUCCAGCGAAACGCAUCGAGAUGUUCAGGAUGGGAAACGGCACUGACGAGGUCCUGGAGGUGCAUGACUUCAAAAAUGGCAUCACAGGCAUUCGUUUUGCCAAGCACCAGAGAUGCUACAUCAGGGCUCAAACCAAGGAGCUGCCCAAGCUGGACUCAAAGACCAUCGACAUAGAGGUGAGUGAGACAGGUGAAGUGGAUAUGCAGAUGGUGGACUCUCAGAUAUGGAUCCCAGCUGAAGAACCAGUCUCCAACAAAACAUUCCUGUUGAAUUCCAAGAUCUGGGAGAUUUGCCAAGAUCUGCCCAUCCACUGGAUCCACCCAUCUCCUCUCAGAGAUGCUGAAUUCCACGAUGUAGAGGACGUGGAGGAGACCCCAGAGCUGGAGGCGAGAGGUCCACGUCAGGCCCGUGAUGUCAUGGACCAGUUACCAGUGAACGACUAUAGAGAAGCGGGGAUGGAGCUGGACAACAGCCUAGAUGAGCAGGGCUACUGCUGCCAGUACUGUCGACGGGGGUACCGUUACUGUCGCCGAUACUACGAGCCCCUGGGCGGCUUUUGGCCGUAUCCCUACUAUUACCAGGGAGGACGGGUCAUCUGUCAGAUUGUCAUGCCCUGCAACUGGUGGAUAGCAAGAAUGCUGGGACGAAUUUGAGGAUGCCGGUGGGAACCAGUGGUGCUAUGCUGCUCAGGGGUACGCGUAGACCAGCUUCAUUUGUACGAAAUGUCACAUAUACGCUCAAAACCUUU